AUGCGCAUGGUCGCCAACAAGGCCGAACUGACCAAGCACAUCAGCGCUGCUGCCAACGCCGGGGAGUGGCUCUGGGGCGACGAUGACUGGUUUACUCGCUGGUACGAGGCUCCCACGCCCGGGAGCAACGACCUCUUCGACUUCCAGAACGAGACGCACAAUCUCGUUGAGCACCAGACCAUCCCGGUCGAGCAUAUCGGCAGCGCCGUCAGUAAGGUCCUCGAGCGCUUCGAGUCGCAGCGCCGUCGCCUGAGCUGGGUUGUGGGACCCAUGGACCAGCCGCAGCUGGAGACGGCCUUGCGCAAUCGCCGACUGGUCCUCGAGGACAACGAGCCAGCCAUGGUCGUCGACCUGGAGGGGGCAUGGGACCAACCUGCACAGGUCGUCGAGCCAGCCCUGCAGGACUACCAAAUGCAGUUGAUGCUCCUCGAGCAGCAGAACCGAAAACGCCUGAUGAAGCAGGGUCAAGAAGAAGAUGCCAAACGUCACCAUCUGUUGACACGGCAAAAGCAACGCACUGCAGCCCAACGUAAGCCAGACGAGGCGAUUCCUGACGCUCCCACGUUGUCGAAACUUCCGGCGUUUGGAAGCUCCGUUCCGGCGUCGGUACCACAAGCUCAGGUCCAACAAGCUCAGGCCCAACAGGCUAUUCUGGAUGUCAUGUCAGGAAGCAUCCCGGGAACAAAGGGAUGCUUCCUGACACUGGACCAACAGGCUCGGGCCCAUCGGGCUCAGUUCCAACAGGCUAUUCUAGACGAACAGGCUCGGGCCCAUCAGGCUCAGGUCCAUCAGAUUUCUCACCAGGCUAUUCUGGCCGAACGGGCUCUGGUCGAUACGCGAGCUCGGCAGGUUCAAUCCCCGUACGCGGCCCUAUCCCGGAUGGCGGCUCUUUCCCACCAGGAGCAGCCGCAGAUGAUGCCGUCGGCCUCGAAGCUUCCGCCUGUCCAGCAACAGCCACCCAGAGUCGAGAUCUCUCUUCCUGCGGUUGAGAGCCGGUCCAAUGCCCCGAAAAAGCCCAUGGAGGUGCAGCUGAUAACCGACGCUGCGGUACCUGCUUGGGUACGUGCUUGGGCAUACGAAGCCCCAGAGAGAAGUUCCGGCCUCGAGCACUGGAGCCAUAUCUACACCACGCUCCUGUCUGCCCUCCCUUCCACGCAGUUCCAGAUGUUCGCUGCCUGGGACACCCUUGCAGACGGUCAGCGCGCCAUCGUGGGCACCGGCUUCGUGCACCUCUACGAGGGUGUUGCGGCAAUCCACUGCAUUAUAGUCAAGCCGGAGCACAGAGGAAAGGGGGUAGGCAAGAGUCUCUUGGGAUUCGGGAUGCAGCUGGCCAAGGACAAGGGCUACAAGAUGGCCAUGGUGACCGCGACAUCUUCCGGACUCGCAAUGUUCCGCAAGUUCGGGUUCAAGGAGAUUGGACGGGUCAAGCUGUAUGCCCUGCAGCCUCCGAAGUACUCGGCCGGGGUUCAGACGAGCAAUACCAGCCAGGCCCCAAAGACCGAUAAGGAGGUCAAGGUCAGCCAGCGCCCAAAGACCGAGGAGGAGUUCAUCCGGUAUUCAAAGGCUGAGAAGCAAAAGGAGUUCUUGCUGCAGCGCCAUUUGGCCAGAAGGGAGUACAUGCCCACCCAGGGCCCAAAGACCACUGCGGAGGACAAUGUCUGGCAGCGCCCAGCGACUGGUGCCGAGUACAUGUCCACCCAGAACUUAACGCACCUCUUUAAGGCCGCAAAGAAGGUCAAGGUCAACCAGACCCCAGAGGCCGAUAAGAAGGACAUGGUCAUCGAGGCCCCAAAGGCCGAUACGGCGGUCAAGGUCAGCCAGGCCCUAGAGGCCGAUGAUGAGGACGAUGACAUCCCGGACCUAGUGGCCGGUGGUAUGGACAUUCACAGUCGGGUCCCACGGGUUUAUAUAGAGAUAAAGGAGAAGAUCAGACAGGCCGUAGCCGAGUACAAGAUGAGUCAGGCCGAGAGCGACGGCUGGGAUCAUGCCGUAGCCGAGUACAAGAUGAGUCAGGCCGAGAGCGACGGCUGGGAUCAGGCCGAGAGCGACGGCUGGGAAUGGGUGGGCGCGGCAUAA